AAGCCUCCUUUAACCCGGAAAUAGUACUGACGGACCUUUAACAAAGCAGGAAGCGUCUCUCUGUGUUUAACUGACAGUAGCUAUCAUCAUGGCGGUUGAUGUUAAAACCAGAGCCAAGCGAUACGAGAAACUGGAUUUCCUCGGAGAGGGUCAGUUUGCCACUGUGUACAAAGCCAGGGACAAACUGACUGACAACAUCGUUGCCAUUAAAAAGAUUAAAGUUGGCCACAGAACAGAGGCUAAAGAUGGUAUAAACAGAACUGCUCUUCGAGAGAUCAAACUGCUACAGGAGCUGCAUCAUCCAAACAUCAUUGGGCUGCUGGAUGCCUUUGGACACAAAUCAAACAUCAGCCUGGUGUUUGACUUCAUGGAAACAGACCUGGAGGUGAUCAUCAAAGACACCAGCCUAGUCUUGACUCCAGCCAACAUCAAAGCUUACAUCCUCAUGACUCUACAGGGGUUGGAGUAUAUGCACAAACACUGGGUCUUACACAGGGAUCUGAAGCCCAAUAAUCUGCUAUUAGACGGCAACGGGGUGUUAAAGUUGGCUGAUUUUGGUUUGGCCAAAGCUUUUGGCAGCCCCAACAGAGUCUACACACAUCACGUGGUUACGAGGUGGUACCGCUCCCCGGAGCUCCUCUUUGGUGCCAGGAUGUACGGUGUGGGUGUGGACAUGUGGGCAGUGGGAUGCAUCUUGGCAGAGUUACUGCUUCGGGUACCCUUACUUGCUGGAGAUUCAGAUCUUGACCAGCUGACUAAGAUCUUUGAGGCCCUCGGGACACCCACGGAAGAGACGUGGCCGGGAAUGAGCAGUCUACCAGACUACGUUUCCUUCAAAAUAUUUCCGGGAACCCCCCUGGAACAUAUAUUCAGUGCUGCUGGAGACGAUUUGCUUGAAUUGCUGCAAGGCCUCUUUACCUUUAAUCCUUCUACACGGACCACAGCUACACAGGCUCUUAAAAUGAGGUACUUCAGUAAUCGGCCUGCUCCCACCCCUGGUCCCCAGCUCCCCCGACCAAACUGUUCUGCUGAAGCUUUGAGGGAGAAGGAAACAGUCGGUCUCAAGAGAAAAAUAGAAGGCCUGGAGACAACUGCAAUGAAGAAGAAGCUCAUUUUCUGAUCAGAUGGAACCAGGCAAAUUGGAUGAUCACCACUGCACGGCUCAGCUUCCUGUGCUGCUCAGGACUGUCCACAGGAAUGAUAGAAAGAAAGUCCAAAACCAGCACUGGCUAGUUUAGAUGGGAUUGACUUUAGGACGUUUUAGACGUUGUAGCCAGUGUGAGAAUCGUGCCUAAAGUUAGAUGUAAAUAUUGAAGGUGCUGCUGUGUUCAGGAGAGGAAUUUUGUGGUAAGUGGUAUCGGCUCAGGUCCACUUCCACCGACGCCUCCGCUUGGGGGAGUCUGUCGGGAUAUGCCUAUUUAUGUGACUGAACACAACCAAACUACCAAUGCUAAUGUAUUUUUUUAUAUUUUGUAAGAACAGAAAAUAAAUUGUACAAAUGCAUAAUA